UCGCGCUUCCUUGUGGGAGGCGUGUAUGUGUGUGUGCGUUUUUGUUCUUUCUUUUGUUACAGCCAUUGCUCUCUGUAGGGCAACCCGUGUGACGGUGGUGUUGUUGUACCUUCUCGAGGUCGCUAGGACUGAAACGGUUGGAGUGCUGCGUGGUGGUAGCUUACUGGUAAACCUUCGCUUUAUCCGGAAGUGUAUGAGUGUGCGCUGCGCUCGCUCGCACACAUCGUGCGGACCCAACAAAAACACUGUGUGCAAAGCGUAAUAGGGGCUGCUGCGUGCGUGUGUAUGCGUGUCACGGGACGAUUUUUGUGCAAUCCUGCAGCACAGGAGUCCCGGGUCGGGUAAAACAAAAGCGUGACGCUUGUGCACCCCCAAAAACACUCCCCAUUUGUUGGCUGCUGCCGUCCGUGUUACGAGGGGUUUGGUCAGUUAGAUCGAUCAUCUUUCGCACUGUGCACACGGAAAACCCAACGUUUGCUACGUUUUUUCUUUCCAAUUCACCGUAAGAAAGACUCUUCUACCAGUGGAGCGGGAAAGAGAUAGAGCGAGAGCGAGUUCGAACGGUGUGCGACUGACGUACUUUGCUAGAGCGGGACAGGGUGUGCACGACCCGAGUCAGCAGACGCACGGACACAGAGCCGUGAUUGGAAGGGAAACGGCACCAAAUACGCGGCCAGCUAGCCAGCCAGCGAGAGAGAGAGAGAAAGAGAGGCCGCUCGUCACCGCGUUUUGUUCAGCGUGCGAUCGAUCAUAAAGAAGCAGGAACACAACAAACAAACAGCAGCAGCAGCCGCAGCACCAUCACCAGCACGGGGCGGAAGUGAACAUUUCGGCGUGCAAUUUAUUUCGAGCGUGUGAAUCCAACGUUUGUGUUUGUGUGUGAGCGCGCGCGCGUCCCGUUGCAUUUGCUGCAUCGUAUCGGAGGCUGCACGAUCGCACCGUGCAAAUCACGACGACCCGCAGUCGAGGGAAGCUGUGCCGCAGUCACAGAGAGCGAGAGAUAGAUAAGUGUGUGUCGCGAGUGUGUCUAGUUGCUAGUUGGUGGCGCUGUCGAUUAGGGGGAAGGAAGGAAACGGGCAUCUUUAGCUUCCUUCGCUUACGUGACGAAUCAGUGGUGUGAUCCGUACGCCACAGACACAAAUCGAAACGAACCACACAACAACAGCCCCAAAAUUCACAGAUCCAAGAUGACCGCCACACCGUCCAGUUCGGCCGUGCGUGCCCUCUCGCUGGAGUACAAAAGCCUGCAGGAGGAACCGGUCGAAGGGUUCCGCGUGAAGCUGCUGAACGAGGACAAUCUGUUCGAGUGGGAGGUAGCCAUCUUCGGGCCGCCGGACACGCUCUACCAGGGCGGCUACUUCAAGGCGCACAUGAAAUUUCCCCCAGACUAUCCAUACUCUCCACCGUCGAUACGGUUUUUGACAAAAGUCUGGCAUCCGAAUGUGUAUGAGAACGGUGAUCUCUGCAUAUCGAUCCUACACCCGCCGGUCGACGAUCCGCAGAGUGGCGAACUGCCGUGCGAACGAUGGAACCCGACGCAGAACGUGCGCACCAUCCUGCUGUCCGUGAUUUCACUGCUCAACGAGCCAAACACCUACUCGCCCGCGAACGUGGACGCGUCCGUCAUGUACCGAAGAUGGCGAGACUCGCACGGCAAGGACAAUGAAUAUCCUAACAUCAUACGACGACAAGCACAGGCCGCCAAGGCGGAGGCCGAAAAGGAAGGCAUCAUUGUACCACUUACGCUAGAGGAGUAUUGCAUCAAGGCGAAAACGAAACCUACCGGCCAGGAACCACAGCUCGAUAUGACGGAUUUCUACGACGACGAUUACGAUCUCGACACCGAAGACGAUGAUAAUGCGUCGGUGGAAUCGGACGGCGAUGACAGUGGUAACGGCGAGUCCUAACGAGCUUCUCUCCUCACCACCACCACCACCACCGACAACAGGCGGAACGACGGGAGGGGAUCGCAGCAGCAACAGCAGUAGCGGCCGCAUCGAAUCCGAUAGAGUUAACCACCUCCCCACCCCCACUCCGCCCACCAUCACCACCACCACCACCACCAAAACCCCCGUCCGUCUUGGGAAAGGGGAGCAACAAAUCGGAAGGACGAGAAUGCUGAGAACGUUUGUUUCGGGAGGCGGCGUAUCUAAUAAAGCUUUGCCUUCCUCUCGUCGCCGUAGCUCGUCGGUUCCGGGUGGGGUGGGAUCUUUUUUUUCUGUGUCUUUGUCCAAUAAUGCGUCCGUGAUGCGGUCCGGUCUCGUGGAAUAAUCGUGCUUUGGGACGGUAAAUCUUUGUAGUGGGGGUAAAAAUCGAUUGGUAGAGAGGAAAUUAGUCGCAGUCGAGUUCAGCUCUCGUACACGACGGGGCGGGGGGAGGAGUAGUAUUUUUUUGCUUUGUGGUAAUUAAAAAAAAAAAAGAACGAGAACUGAAACACACAUCCUGCUCAAAAACAAAAAAGAAUUCAUUGAACAAUCGUUUUUUUACACUGCGUUGUCCCAAACGUUGGUUGUGUAGGCUGUUGUUGUUGUGCAAGCGAACAUGUUGCGAUUGCUCUGAGUUGGUCGCCCUGAGUAAGUGAAGAGGGGCGCCUUUUCUUGCUGCAUUAAAAGACUCUCACUCUCUCUCUCUAUGUAUCUCUCUCUCACCGUGUGUGUGUGUGUGUGGGAGUUAUAAAUGUACAAAACAAAAAAGAAACGAGAAACAGGAAAGGUAAAAAGCGCGACUCAGCAGAUCAGCAGCAACAACAACAACGCGCGCGCGCGCCACACGACAACACGCAUACAAUUUGCAAGGUGUGUGAUACAACUGAAGCUGACUUUUUUUUUGCGUUCGUAUUAAGGAAGAGGUCAGGCGUGAUUAGUAUCGAAUUUUGAAAGAGAAAUUAAAUAAAUGAUUAUAUUUUUCUUUUCUUUUUUUUACGGUCGUAUAUUAUACCUAGAAGUACAGUUUUUGUUUCGUUUUUUUCUAGUAGGACUCUCCCUGUAUACGCCUUCGCUGCUCUCGCCACCUAUCGAAUGGGUUUCGUUUAUCUUUUCUUUUUUUUAUUUUGAUGAAUUUAGCAGCAUUAUUGUGACCGAUAAGAAACACAAAAAGGAAACGAUCAGUUGGCACGUGUUGCGCAAAAGUGCGAUCGGGAAAUAGCGAAGAUAGGCAAAUACGAACCGAAAGAUGAAAGAUGAUACGAAUUAUUAAGAAUUUAUUACGUUCAAUUCAAUUCAAAACGCGGAGCGAGCCGUUUUGCGCCGUUUGUUUGCAAUUAUACGGUCGACAAACGACGACACAAGGCCGAAACAGGGGGCUCUGAUGAUUAGUCCCGCUAUCUCACUGAGAGAGAUAGAGAGAGAGCGAGAGAGAUGUGGGUCCCCCCGUGCACGAGGUGGAAGAGAAAUUAAAAAUAUAUCACGAUAUCAUUUCCCUCCUGCUCCCCCCAGAUUCAGCAGCAGCAAGUCUUCGGUGCAAGGCGCGAUCAUAGUUUGCAAUAGGUAGUUGGUAGUGUUAAGUGGCGCGUAACGGCAAAAAACGGACACACAGUCGGCGCGUUUUAGUAGUUUAGGAUGGAAGGGGGCGUGGAAAAGAAAGGACCCACUGCGUAUUAUUUUUUUUUAUUAUUAUUAUUUUCUACUUAGAAGUGUUGUAAUAAAGUGAGCUACUAUUAGGCGAGAAAAAAGCCCUCGAAAAAAGCCAGCCAGCCAGCCAGCCUGUCUAGCUCGUUCGUUUGUUCGUCGUUUUGUUUAGCUAAGCGAAGGGGUUUUGGUACACAAUGCAACUGAAACCUGCUCCAUCGCUACAACAACACACACCGAUCACGCAUCUGCGUGAAAUAAUUUUAUGAGUAAGAUAUUUUUCCAUCUUUUUUUUUUUUAAACAAAAAAUGGAAACAAUCAUAAUGUAUUUUUUGCUCUUGGUUACUGUCUAUAACUUGAUCACCCACCACCGCACGGCACACAGUAAUUGGAACUUUAUUUAUUUAGCAAAGAAUUUUCAUUUUAGACUACGUUUUUUUACAUUUUUUUACUUCAAAAAACACACACACAUGGGAGAAAGAAAUAAAAACACGUCCACCAUUAUUCUUCUUCGACCGGGCAGGGAGUGUAAAUACAUGAUUAAAAAAUACUAGAAACAAAAACAAAACAACAAGUUCCAGUUUCAUUUUGUUUUAUUUCCCACUGUGAAAAUUUUGUUUUAGUUUUGUCUUUUCCAGUGUUCUGGUUUCUUGUUCGUUCGUUUCUAAACCAUUUUCUUUGAGAAUAAUUGAGAAGAUACGAUGGAAACCUGAACCAUGAAGAGUUCGGUAAGGUUGAAAUAAAUAUUUGGAACUAUGUUGAGAUGCGUUGCUGAACAAUUUAUCAUAAACAAAUUGGUGGUAGAAACGUAAAAGUGAAACAUACAAAAUGGAAACUUACUGGAAACUGUUACGAAGGUAAUCGAGCUCGAGCACUGCAUAAGCACAUAACCAUUAAGUAUGAAAAAGAAAUGCAUUAAUCGAGCGCUUAGGGGGGGAAAACAACCUAUGUUUAAUAAGAACACAAUUAGCGAAGAUGUCCAUCCCGAGCCAACAAUGAGACGAACGCAUUAGAGGUGGACAUGCCCACAGCCGUGUCUUGAUUUUUCCAGGCACUACUAUACUAGAUAUAGCAAACAUAGCUACUACACCUACACAUAACGAUGCAACAAAGCAAUAACAGGAAACAAACACCCAUUGUUGGAUGCGCGGUGAGAAGAGUUGCUUUUUUGGUUGUGUGCGUUUUUUUUUGUUGGCUUCCCCCGAAAGAGCGAAAUUUGUUGCCAACGUUUCGUAUAGGAAGCUCAAUAAACAAAGCUAAAGCGAAAUUGUGUAAUACAUUGUGAAAAAAAACAACAACAACAACCAAGACGUAAGUAAAAAGAAACAAAAUAAGCGAAAACCCCUUAGCUUGCGACAAACGUUUUGAAAAAGUAACUAAAAAAAAGCAGAAAAUUAAAAGAAGAUAAAAUAAAACUGUUUUAUAGUAGAGGUUAGCAAUAAAAGUGAAGCAAAGAAGUGGAAAACUUACGAUAAAUUCGAUGCAAAGUAGAACGUUUGUUUCUCUCUCUCUCUCUCUCUCUCUCUCUCUCUCUACUUCUCUUUUGUGUGACAAACAGAACUAAAAGAUAAAAGAUAAAACAACAAAACAUAGCAUAAACAUUUUUGGGCCAAACAAACAAACAAUCAACGGGGAAAGUAGUAAAGGAAAAAUGAUAUUCGGCAAAAAAAGAAAAGGUAGAAAAUGUCCCCCAGAAAUGCAAGUGCUUCAGUAGUAGUAACCGAUACUUGUGUUUGAUUCGUUGUGAAUAUUAGUUUGUGAAUGGUUUCAAUUACAACAAUUUUACCAAACCUGUACAGUCCGGAUCUGUGUUUAGUGUGACAGUUGGACGGCAAAUUCGACGUAAGUGAAAGGGUGAUUUGUCAAUAAAAAUUAUCUAAAUUAGUA